GACAAACAACCUCUCAAUCACCACAUCUCUUCACGCAGCACCGUCAAAAUGGCAGGCUUCGUCAACCGCGAGAACCGUGUUCCAUACUACCAGCGCAUGUUCCAGGAGGGAGGACGAAAGCACAUUCGUCAAUGGAACCAAACGUCUAAGAGCAAGAUCUUCCUCUACCCAUACUACACGGUUCUUUUCGGUGGCUUUGCUGGAUCGAUGUACAUGAUGGGCCGCAUGGUUCUAGGACACAAGACUUGGUUCGGCAAGGGAUAGAUGCUGCUUAAGAUAUCUGAUGGGUGAUCACUCAUGAAAUGGCGACGAGAAAUGGUGGGGAGGACGGAUUGUACAGUGCAUAAGAGAAAAUAGAAUUCCCUCGAGUUUACGAUGUCCUUUCCUCACGACUACACCUUCGUUUGCGAAUCAGAUGUAUAACCAAGACACAAGUCGCGGGAGAGACAAGACAAAAUGCUGAAAUCAUUGCUGAUUUGAGGUAUCGUACAUCAAGAAGCAUAUGCUGUUACGAAAGUUCCCAGUUACCCAUUUUCUUCUCCAUGCUUUUCCUUCCAGAUGCCCUAUAUUAGCCAUGCAUGUAAU